UCCUCUCUAAACUUUCCUUCUCUUUCUAGUCAUUCUUCUCUGUUGUUUCACCUUUCCACCUUCUAAAUCCUCUCUCUCUCUCUCUCUCUCCAAAUACUUUCCUUGCAAUAUCAGCUUAAUUUUCAUUCCAUAACCAGUGGUAUUUAUACCAUACAAGCAAAAACCCCAUUCUUUUAAUCGCUUCAAAGCCAUGGAAAUACAACUCAUGAAUACAAUCACCGGAUUCGAAGCCGGCAUAAACAGCUUAGAAAACCCAUCUGUCCUGUCCCGCCUCUCCCCUCUCUCUGCCAUCGGAGAAUUCUCCAAAUUGUACAGCUUCUGGACGUGGGGAGCAAUAAUUCUCGCCGCCAUCGCUACUUUCAGCAGCAUAUUGCAUAAGACGAAGAUGUUAUUCCUCAGAUUGCGCGAUUGCAAAUCGGUCAUUCCGGACACGUUGGUCCGAUUCGACGAUGACCCAUUUGAUGAAUCUUGCUCAUCUUCAUCGGAGUCCGACGACGAAGCUGAGCCGUCAACGUUGAAAGGUCGGAUCAAUGAGAGAUCGAUGGACGAUGAGGAUUUUGGAGUAAAGGGUAUCUGUAGUUUCGACGAAGAUCGGUGCGAAAGCAGUAAAUCGAAGUGGUGGUCCAGCAGCGGCGAUGAAUGGUCUUCCGGUGGUGUUGUUAAAUUCUGGGAUGAAUUAGGUUUUGGAUUUGAGAAUUCGAGCGGUUUGAUUUCGAUGUUGGACUUGAACAGAGGAGAGAUUAUACGGUCGUUUUUGGCCGGAGGGGGUCAGAUUCCGGCGAUAUGUGUGCCCUCUCCGGCUGUCGUCAUGUCCGCUGGGGUGGAGAACAUGCGGCAGGUAGCGCUGCGUGUUUGGGACGCGCGAGUUGGCGGGCGGGUCCCGUCGGUCGUCGCCGAGUGGCAGCCUCGCCGGAGGCAGGUUGUGGGUAUCGAUUCCGGUGGGGUGGAGAAGGUGUACGUGAGCGAGGAGGACCGAAGUUCGGUGGUGGUGCGGGACAUGAGGAACGCUGGGUCGCCGUUAGAGGAGAUGACGGAGUGCGACGGACAGACGUGGUUCGACGCGGAUGCGGUGAUGGUGGGUGACGACAGCGAUGGUGAAGGUUAUGACGCCGUUUUAACGGAGGACGAACAAGAGACGUCGGUGGCGACGCGGUGUCGAAACGCUGUACGGUCGUACCUGUUUUAGGUUGUGUCAAAGGUGCAGUUUGCGCGGGACACAUUCGACUGUAAAUAGAUUUUCAUUGUCAUGCAAGGACUAGUGUUUGGCUGUCACGAGCUAUCUUAAUUGAAUUUUUAUCUCCUC